AUUCCAUAUGAUUGACUUUCCAAUGAAAGAAUCCUCUUCCUUUUGUGUUCCUAAGUGUUGGAUUUUAUGUUUCUCAGAGUUCAAAGGGCUCCUCAGUGUGUGUCUACUAUUUGCUAUGUGUCUAAUAUUUGUUCUCUCUCAGUGUGAAAUGCUUAACUGUGUGAUUAAUCAGAUGGGAACUUUGUAUCUUUGCAGAUACCUCUCCUAGAUAUGUAAUUAAAGAAUUGCCACCCAGUGCGGGCAGCGGUAGGGGAGAAAUAUCCCAAAGUCAUGACUACGAAGGCACUGACGAGUUUUCCUGGGAAGAAGUCCAGAAAGCUCCGCCACGCACUCGGAGAAAGCAUCACAAAUGUGGGGAGUGUGGGAAGGUGUUCAGAUACCCCUCAGUCCUGGAGCGGCACCGGCUGAGCCACACUAGGGAGAAGCUGCACCACUGCACCAUGUGCUGGAAGUCUUUCUCCACACGUUCUCGUCUCUUGGUUCACAAGCGAAGCCAUAGUGAUGUGAAGCCCUAUUCUUGUUUGGAGUGCGGGAAGACGUUCUGCAAGGCCAACAGGCUCACUGUGCACCGCAUGAUACACACUGGGGAGAAGCCAUAUGUGUGUGAAAAGUGUGGCAAGGCCUUCCGAGUGCCUGCUACUCUCGCAGCACACCAGGCUAUGCACACUGGACACAAGCCCCAGAAGUGCGCCAAGUCCGGCAAGGCGUUCAGCUACAGCUCCAGCCACCUCCGGCAUAGCAGGAUGCACACUGGAGACAAGCCAUUCCAGAGUGUGUGUGGCAAGGCCUUCAUGCGUGGAUCCCGUGAAGCACACAAGGCUGUUCACAUUGGAUGCAAGCCACAUAAGUGUGAGGAUUGUGGGAAGGUGUUUGGCUACCCUGGCGCCCUACUCAUGCACCGCAGGACGCACACCGGAGAGAAGCCGCACCGCUGCACCCAGUGCGGGAAGGCAUUUGCACAGAAAAAUGACCUGGCGCGCCACCAGAGGACACACACCGGGGAGAGACCGUUCGUGUGCAGUGAGUGCGGGAAAGCCUUUAAAUCCCAGACAGAACGCCGCAGCCACCUUGCCAUCCACACAGGACAUAAGCCCCACCAGUGUACAGAGUGCGGGAAGGCAUUUUCCCGGAAGACGAAUCUGGUGCGCCACCAACAGAUCCACAUCAGUGAGGGCCCGUACGAAUGUGACAUAUGCGGCAUGGUGUGCAGCCGGCGCUCUAACUUCACGUGCCAUCGCAGGCUUCACACCCAAAAGAAGCCCUGCCAGACAGCAGCAAGGCGUGAGUCAUCCACGCGUUGCCUGCGUAGCCGUUAAAGACUUAUUCUCCAUGGAUCAUGAACGCAAGGAAGAUUGGAUGUGACCAAGGUGAUGCAGAAUGGCGGUCCCUGCACACAAUGACUGUGGCUGUUGUGUAGCAAAGACUACUGACUGGUUGUCUAAGAAGACGAAUUCAUCUUGAUUUUGACAUGAAACAAGUAUUUCAAAAGUAGAGAAUUUGGGGCUGGGAAUGUCGUUUAGUGGUAGAGGGCUUGCCUAGCAUGCAUGAAGCCCUGAGUUCGAUUC